AUGGGCCCCUGUUUUGCAUUUUGGGCGGUGCACCCACGGAUGAGCCAGGUUUAUUCAGGGAGCACAGUUUUCUUCACAAAUGGAGGAAGGGACAUCUCCUACCUGCAGGGAGUGGGGGCAGGCCUGGAGGAGGAGCAGGGACAGACUGACAGCCGCUUCCUUAGCUCGUUGGGGAGUGACAGGGAAAGGAAUGACUUGUUGCAAAUGCCUGAUGAGAGGGCUGUGUUUGGGAGGGACAAAGCUGAGAGCAAGAGAGAAAGCAUCUGCUCUGAAAAUUGGAGGAACAAUUCUGUUAACUCACACAGCAUCUUCCAGCACCUGUCUCAAGCCUUCUGCAGCUGCUGCCAGACAGUUACAGGAAAUUUUGCCAAGGUGAUUCAUGGUUUGAAUGCAAAUCAGUUGACAGAUGAAGUAAUUCAGAGAAGUAAGCGAAUGAUUCUGGAUACUCUUGGAGUGGGGCUUCUGGGUACCAGCACUGAGGUCUUCCACAAAGUGGCACAGUACAGCAAGAUCUACAGCUCAGAUUUAUCCAGUACCAUCUGGGGCCACUUGGAUUUCCGACUGCCUCCUCUGUAUGCAGCUUUUGUGAAUGGAGUGGCUGUGCACUCAAUGGACUUUGAUGACACCUGGCAUCCAGCCACACACCCAUCUGGGGCUGUGCUCCCUGCACUGAUUGCACUCUCAGAGGCCUUCCCUCAGAAGAAAAAAAUCUCGGGUCUUGAUCUGCUCUUAGCUUUCAAUGUGGGAAUCGAAGUGCAAGGCAGGUUGCUGCACUUCUCCAGAGAAGCCAGGAAUAUCCCAAGAAGGUUUCACCCACCGGCUGUGGUUGGUACGAUGGGGAGCGCAGCAGCUUGUGCUAAACUGCUAGCUCUUGACCAGCUGGAAUGUAAAAAUGCCUUGGCUAUUGCUGCCUCCUAUGCAGGUGCCCCACUGGCUAAUGCAGCAACCCAAAUAAAACCCCUCCAUAUUGGGAAUGCUGCCAAGAAUGGACUGGAAGCAGCUUGCUUAGCUUUACAGGGCCUUCAAGGAAACAAGCAGAUCUUGGACAUGGAGUCAGGGAUGGGUGCCUUCUAUACAGAUUACAACCCACAGACUCUGCCAACCUUGCAGUCCUACCCAUGGCUCUUGGACCAGCAAGAUGUGGCCAUUAAACGCUUUCCUGCUCAUCUUGCAACACACUGGGUGGCUGAUGCAGCAUCUUCUGUUAGGAGGAAGCUCAUGGAGAGCAGUGAGAGUUCGCUCCCCAUUGAUAAAAUCGAGAAAGUCAUUCUCAAAGUCCCUGAGGUCAAAUACGUGAACAGACCCAGCCCAGCCUCAGAGCACGAAGCACGACACUCCUUCCAGUUUGUUGCGUGCUCAGCUUUGCUGGAUGGCAGCAUGUCAGUCCAGUCCUUCAGCAGUGAGAACAUUCAUCGGCCGGCCUUGAGGGAGCUCCUCUGCAAAACACAGCUGGAGCACCCCCCUGACAACACACCCAGCUUUGACAGCCUGUACUGCCAAGUGAGCGUCACGCUUCGGGACGGCAGCACCAUCAGCGACCGCUGUGCUACCUUCUACGGGCACUGGAGGAAGCCUCUGGAAAAGGACGACUUGGAGAAAAAGUUUCAAUCCAAUGUGCUCAACAUCCUGCCCACAGAAGCCAUGGAAGGCAUUAUAGAGACUGUGUACAACCUGGAAAAAGUAGAGGACUGUUCUGUAUUAAGUACAUUUCUAUCAGGACAGUCUGCUAGAGCACUUCCAGAGAAGCUGCGCUUCCUUUGAAUGUUCCAGCCAACAGCUACGUGCUCUUCACAAAGUCAAUGCAAAAUUCAGGACAAACUCUUGCUUAGUGACUCAAGCACUUUUA